CUCACGUACGCGCGCACGCUGCAGACAUAUAACACAAGGUACCGCCACCACCUCGACAUGACCGAGUCCGGAGUGGCCGUCCGCAGGCCACUGUCGCCCAGAAAGUUUUUCGCCAUGUUGUACGAGACGGACGCCGCCGCCGCCGCCGAAAACGUCUGUCGUCCGCUUCAAGGCCGCGCCGUCGAUGUCCCGCUACAGCAGUGGUACGGACUAAGGCGGCCGCGGCCACCCAUCCCAGUACAACUCGCGGCCACGGCAGCCAACUCGGAUACGUCACUGCAGCAGCGCACCGUUGUGGUCGUCCGGCCCACCGCGGCGUACGUCGAACACACGUUCGCCGCCGGCCUGACCGCUUUCCUCGAAAGGAGACGACGGAAAGAAGGCCGGGCGCCACGGCGGCAGAGGACCACGUUCAGUCCGGAACAGACACUGAGUCUGGAAAUGGAAUACAGGAACAACGAGUACGUGUCCCGGAACAGGAGAUCGGAAUUGGCCAGCUCAUUAGAUUUAUCUGAAACGCAGGUGAAGAUUUGGUUUCAAAAUCGCAGGGCCAAGGACAAGAGGCUAGAAAAGACACAUUACGAUCAGCAAAUCAGGCAGAUGUUCCAGCAAAACGGGUUCAUUUUGCCGAAGAUUUAACGGCGGAUUAAAUGUGGACGACAAUAA